AUGUUUUGGCGCAAAGAGCCCUGGAAGUUCGGCCUGUCGCUGGCGGCGGCGGCGUGGACGCACUCCUUCCUGCUGGCGGCCGCGGGCGGCUGGAACUUGCUGCUGUUUCUGCAAGUCUUCCCCUGGAAACGCAGCUUCACGGAGGCCGCAGUGGAGGCCUACUGGGGCCGCGGCGGCUUCGCUGCAGCGGCCCUUCGGGGGGGCUUUUUGGCCCUGGCCGUGGGCUUUUUGCUGCAGAGUCUGUUGACGGACUUGGCGAUUUGCACUAAGUCCGCGCGGGCCGCGUUCUUGCUGGCCUGGCUGAACCUCUGCAGCAGCUUGCUGAGUCUGCUGCUGCUGCUGCACCUCUGGACGGCCUUCGGGGUGCUGCUGCUGUCUUCCAACGCCACUCUCGGAGAACUUGUCCUCUGGGGAAAUCCAGAUCUUCUUUAUUCGGUCUUCUCCGCAUUUCCCAUGACUCGCGUCUACGCCUCUCUGGGGGCAGUCUUCGCCGCGGGCGGCUCUGGCUUCGAGGGCAAGAGCGCGCAGCAGCUGCGGCCCAGCAGCAGCAGCAGCAGCAGCAGCAGCAGCAGCAGCAGCAGCAGCAGCAGCAGCGGGACGCUGAAGAUGGGGCCGCUGGGGACCUGGAAAGUGGGCCUUUCGCUGCAGCAAACUGCAGCGCUUUGGGGCCUCUUUUGCCUCGCAGUGGCCGUUUUGGACUUGAGCGUUUUUUGGAUUAAAAUCUCCGAAGACCCUCUCGUGAAAAUGAACAAAAUAGGACUUGUGUUUUUGGCGGAGGGCCUCACUUGCCUGUUUGCUGCAGUGGGGGCCCUGGCGGGCAGCGCAGCAGGGGCCCCCUUCUUCACGCUGUGCGCGCUGCUGUUCACUUUGCUGCUGCUGCCGCUCGCGCUGCUGCUGCUGCUGCUGCUGGGCAAGCCGCUGCUGUGGGGCGCAGCGCCGCUGCGGCAGCAGCUGGUCUUCAACUUCGCCAGUCUGCAUGCGCUGGCGGCCCAGCUGGCCUUUCUCUCCACUUCUUGCUUCGCUGUUGCUGCUCUUUACAGUUUGCUGCGGACUCAGUCGCAAGCAGCAGCAGCAGCAGCAGCAGCAGCAGCAGCAGCGCCGCUGCAGCCCGUGGACUUGGAAGAAGAAAGCAAGCAGCUCCUCUCCGAGCCCUGA